GCCAGCAUGGCAAACCGGGGACCGUCGUACGGGCUCAGCCGGGAGGUGCAGCAGAAAAUCGACCGUCAAUACGACCCCGAACUGGAGCAAAUCCUGGUGAGGUGGAUCCUGGCACAGUGCGGUGGGGAUGUCACCCAGCCAGCACCCGGCAGGGACGGCUUCCAACAGUGGCUGAAGGAUGGCACCGUGUUGUGCCGGCUCAUCAACAGCCUCCACCCACGAGGUCAAGCACCGGUGGCCAAGAUCCAAGCGUCUUCUAUGGCCUUCAAGCAGAUGGAGCAGAUCUCACAGUUCCUGCAAGCGGCCGAGCGUUACGGCAUCGCCGCCACCGACAUCUUCCAGACCGUGGACCUUUGGGAAGGU